AUGGGGCGAUCGAAGAGAACACGCGAGAGCGCGACAGACGCGAGCACGAAGAGCGAGAUUACGGAAAGCGAUGAUCUCAUGGCAGCAAAGAAACCAUCCGUCGCAGCGUCGACGUACGAGAGAGAGGAGAACACGCUCGUUGAGACGCCGCACACGAACGAGAACGAGAACGAUACAGGACAUUUGUUUGCUGAUCUUUCAGACGCGCUCAACGCGUUCCAAGUGCGAUUUGAACAUAACGAAGACGCAUAUGCGUUCACGAGAUCGAUCAGCGACGCAAUGGCGAGGUUGACGCGCGUGCGCGAAGUUCUCGACGAAUUCCACGCGGCCGCGCACCAGAUAGUAAACGCCGUCGAGGCCGACGUGGAGGCGAUGGCGUUCGGUUUGUGCAACGAGACCACGGCACUCGCCGACGUAGUCGAGACGAGUGAGAAGAAAGUUGUGGACGCCAAGUCAUGGAUCUCACAGCUACAUCAGUUCACGAACGUGGAGACAGCUCCCAUGUGA